GAUCGAUUGAGCAAAGUUGAAUCACAGCUCGCGAUAUUAAAUUCUCUGCCGGACAAUAGACAGCUUCUUGGUGAUCUGUACAGCGGAUCUGAUUCGAAGUCAACCAAACAAGAUACAGCGGACAGUCAAAGGCGCGUGGCAGAACUGUGGCAAACGGUGAAUAUCAAUCGUCGCGUGGACGCCACAGAGGAGGGUAUCUCAAGACUACGUAUUGAUGACGAAAUUUACCGUAGUCGAGUGAACAAUCCGACAAACGAGAGAUUUAGCUGGGUUCCAGGUGAGUUUCCAGUCAAAACCAAAUUG